AAAUGCAUUAACCUUUGGAGCUGGCCAAGCCCAGAUCAGUGGUGUACGCGUCUCAUUUCGAGCCCUCGUAAAUUUUUCUGAGCGAGACUCGACUCGACUCGACUCGGGUUAGGGUGCGGUUCCUUGUGGGGUUAAACCGUGACCAUGACUCGGAAAAAGAAGCCCAAUCAAUCGUUUUAGGCCGCUAAUCACUUGACUUGGUUUUGUUAUAGUCUGAAGUCCCCUUUUUCUUGCCUCGCGAUAAAGUCCCCAAAUCACCCACGCAUUCCCAGCCAACCUCUCUCGCACUCUCCAUUAUCAUCUUCUCUCUCGAAAUGACAACCGGCACGGAGAAUCUCGCCACCGGCACCACUCUUCUCCAAGACAAUCCUAGCAAAACCCUAGACGCGACAGCUCCUGCGCUCGCCAAGCCAGAUCGUCUCGAGGAUUCCACCAUCAUCUCCCCAUCCAUCGUUAAUUCAGAUGCGGACGCUCUUAAGAAGGACGGCGAGGAUUCAAAGAGCGGCAAGGGCACGGCGGUUAGCUCGCGUUCAGGAGAUACAGCCCCAGUCACUGACACAGAGAAGAAGAUCCGCCGCGCUGAGCGUUUUGGGAUCACUGUUCAGUUGUCUGAGGAAGAGAAACGCAAUUCUCGAGCUGAAAGGUUUGGCACUGGGGUUGAAUUAAAGACUUCAGAGCAGCUGAAGAAGAAGGCUAGAGCAGAGAGGUUUGGACUUCCUGUGACUGCUGAUGAGGAAGCAAAGAAAAAAGCUCGACUUGAGAGAUUUGCACCAACUUCUAAAACAGAUACACUGGAAGAAGAGAAAAGGAAAGCAAGGGAUAUCAGAUUUUCACAACCUUCGUCAAAUUCUCUGUCAACGAAUGGAAAAGGAAAUAUUGAGUCUAAGGUAGCUAUUGCAGGCAAGGCUGUUGGAGGGUCCUGAAAAGAGAUAGCCUCCAUAAAUGUUAGGUCUAGUGUUCUAACUUGUGAUUCUCUCAGUGGUUUCCGUCCAUAUCUUUAUUUUCCAACGUGAAUUCCCAGAUGCAGCAGUGUUCAUUAUUAGACAGAUAAUUCUCUACAGGGUGUAGGACAAGAUUUUUCUUGGUAGGAGGAAUUUUUCUUGGUUUCAGAUGCACCUGAGGCCUAAAGUAAUCAACAACCACCUUAUUUUGUUAACUUAUCUUAAAAUAUACUAGACAUAUCAGAAAUUCUGAGUUUUGAAUCUAUUAAUUACAUCUCUCUUGAAGCGCUAUAAUUUGCACAAAGUAUUUAAUGGUUGCCCGUUCCCAUUUUUCAACUACUGUUACAGUGACACGUGACCUGUGUCUCAUUCUUAUAUAUAGUUGCACUCUCAUGAUCCAUCAGCAAACAGCAGUAUUAAGUAGUAUUAUCAAUUUUUGAGAUUUCAAAGUGUUGUUUUUUUUUUUCCUCAUUAGGAAAUAGGGGAUUACUUGUAACUUUCCUAUUGAAUUUUAGAAUGGCUAAUUAAGCUUGCAAAUUACUUGGUAGCAAGUCUCAUUUUGGUUGAUCAUUCAUAGGUCUAUGGUUGUAUGGGCAUUUGGAGUUGUAGGUUGUAGAAGUUGAAAUAUAAGACCAAUGGCCAUCUUAGAAGCCUACAACUGCAGCAAACAUUAGGAAAUUCAUUCAUGAGAUCUGCAAAGCAUGCAUGUAUUUUUAGUCAUAGAUCAACUUGUCUUCAGCCUUAAAUUUAUUUUGUUAGUCUCUUUUGUUUUAUAUUUUUUUUCCAUCUCAUAGUUUGGUGCUGUAGGAGAAGAUAUUUUAUUACUAAUCAUGAAUUGGGUGACAUUAGUUCAGGUCUUGUAGGUGCUCCUUUGUUUUCAUGGAACUAGAAGAAUAGUAUUGUGUUAGAUCGGGACAUAAAUACAUAUGUACUUAAUAGUGUUUUUAGAAGUUUGAUCAUGAGAUACUUGUUUGGAAAUGGCGUGUUGACAUGGGUUAAAUAUACAUGAAGGUAUCAAUGAACUUUUGGUGGUAAUUAUUGAUCAUCAAAUUGAUAAAUGGGAUCCAAAAUUGAAGAUGUCUAAUUUAUUGCUUCAGAAUUUCUGAUAUUCCUGGUCUGUAUUUUGAGAGUAGUGAACAUUACAAAGGUGGUGUUGAUUUCGUUUUGGCCUCAACAGUAAAUUGCCUAGCUGCAAGGGAACAGAUGAUAUUUUGGUAUUCAGGAUUGUUAUUUAACCGUGUAAUUUUUUAGUAUUUUUGUUUGAAGUGUUCUGUUAUAAAAUGUUAAACACUAUAUCUGGGUUCAUGGUCAUAUAUUUUGGGAAGGAAGAACUGGGGGUUUUGAUUGGUAGAA